GUCUACACUCGUGGCUUCAAUCCGCCAUUAAACCACAAAAGAGAAAGGAAGACUGAAAAAGAUCACCAAACAACAGUUCGGGACCGAAGUUGCCAAACUUGUAAAUAACAAGCGAGAAUGGACAAGAAUCGGGGGGCAGAUUGAACCUCCGUCCUGGGCGGCGCCAUGGCGUCCCGGCUGCUGGACCGCUUGAAGCGCUCGCUCUUCAAAGAAGGCCAGGAGGCGGGGCCUGAGCAGGAAGCUGCCGGUGGAGAUGCAGCGAAGGGGUGGAGUGAGGACUGCUGGGAGGCGGAGCUAGAAGAGGAGGAAGAGUGCGUGACGGAGCGACUCGGCGGCACACUCUCCUUCAACAGCCGAGGAGGAGCGGAGGGGGAGGGGUCGGGGCUGGACAGCGACUCUGACUUCCUGGGGGAGUCCGUAGAGGAGGGGCUCAGCAGUACAGACGCCAGUCCCGUCGGCCCCGCCACUUCCAGCCUGCUGACUCGGCAGCUUCAUGACAGCUGGCGGAGCCUGCACGGGCUGGGCGACGGAAGCCCCACCCCCAAGAUGCAGCGCCAGGCGGACACUUUGUCUUUUGAGGUGACUGACGCCAGCGUGGUCCAAAACGACUCCUCAAACUCUACACCAUCCACGUCAUCCGGUCUGGAGGAAGCGACAAGACCCCGGCCGUCAUCACCCGCCGAUACUCUGAUUUCCGGCACCUACACGCCACCCUGCGCCGUCAACACGGAGGCCAGAUGGAGCGUGUCGUCUUCCCACGAAAGAAGCUGCGCAGGAACUUCACGGCCGAGACCAUCGCCAAGCGGAGCCGCGCCUUUGAACAGUACUUGUCUCACCUGUGCUCCCUCUCUGGCCUGGAGGGGGCUUCCUGCCUGCGUCAGUUCUUCUACCUGUCCGACCUGCAGACUGCACAGCUGCUCAUCAGGUGACGCGUCUCUUCCACAGGAAGUGGUGCUGUUUGCUAGAAGAUGUCAUCACAUUUUGGUGGGGCGUUACCAGGACGCUUUAGGUCCGCUGCUUAACGCCAAGAGGCUUCAAGACAAACUGGGCGGGGCCGUCUACUGCCCUUCUGACCGCCUUGCCCCACCUCCGGGCUCCUCCCAUUGGUUGUUCACGCUAGUGGGACUGUCCUGCUGUUUCCAGGAAGUGGACCAGCUGGAGGAGGCCCGAGAUCACGUGGCCCACGCCCUCCUGGUUCUGACGCCCCCUGAGGAGAAGCCACUCCCACCACAGAUGCAUCUGGACAGGCCCCACCCUCUCCUGCUGCCACUCUUGCGGGCCGCCGUGCGCCUGUGCUGGCAGACAGGAAGAGACAAGCGGCGGUGGGAGGAGCUGUUGUGUGGGGUGGAGGAGCAGUGGGCGGGGCUUGAGGAUCAGCCAACCCUCAAAGAGUUUCUGGUCAAAUGUAACUUGCACGAGAGUCAGGAGCAGGGCUAGAACACCGUGCACGCGUAUCAUGUGUACACGUGUAUGACCACGGUAGCGGCACCAUGCUCCGCAUAUAUGCACAUUUGGAAAUGGGGCAUUCGUGUUCUUACAAGAUAACUAAUUUAUUAUUGCUAGAGGAUAUAUAGAUAUUAUUUUGAAGAUAACUUGCAGUAAAGCUAAAUAUUUUGUAUCAGAUAUCACAUGACGUGAUUAUUUAAUGAAAAUGUAUUUGUAUUGCGUGAAGUAUAUUGUGCUGAUGUCAAUCCUUAGUGUGUGUUGCUUGAGGAAACUUGCUGCUUCGAUGGUGGAUGGGGUUGCCAUGGAGACCGUUGCGCAUGCUGCGUGAGGGACGAAAAUAGACCAUCGAUUUAAGGGAACACACACGUGACCACGUUUUUUUAUUUCCUGCAUUUUGUGCAUUCCCGUGCUCCCUUUUUGAGAAGUUGUGGUUGUCACGGCGACGGGCUUGAAAGACGCAUCAAAGAAAACCCAUCUGAAGUGUACACCCCGUGUGUUUAUUUUCAAAGACUGUGAUUUCUAGCGCCACACUGUGGUCACUUUGUUGGUUGGAACAUCUUGUGUGGAGACAUUGUGUUGCCAGCUGUCAUACUGUGGUGUGACCUGCGUACGAAGACCUACGUGUUCUGGGUCUGUGCUCUCCUUGUUCAUAUGGUAGAAGAUGUGACAAUGUGAUGACAAUGUGGGUCGGUGUCAUGCGUCUUUCUGUGCAAGUCAUGUCAUGUGUUCACCAGCAGAGGCGCAUGCGUGACAGACAGAAGCGAAGUAUGUUGGGAAAAAUUUGCAGUGGCGGUAAAUGUGCCCUUGACAAACAUCGCCAUGGCGACAGCGAAGAGCCCAGUUGUCCUAGAAACAGCAGUUGCCCUGGCAACAGGAGAGAUGUGAAGCAAAGACGAGCAUGCUGGUUUCUGUCACAUUGUGGACACGCUAAAUCGCCUUUGAGCCUCCGAAUUGUCAUAAACGGCGACAGCAUGUAGAACUGUGACCCUACGCCGUUGCCAGGCUUACUACAGAAGUACCCUAAAACUACUCAAAUCUUUGCCAAGGGUAAAGAAAACAUGAACGUGAACCAGGUUAGCAGGCUGUUCCCUGAUUUCAUUAUGUAAUUGUUUAGUAUGUCCUGCAGCUGAGAAGAUUAACGAAAGUAUGAGGGUGCAAAGGCACAUGACGCCUCACUUCCUGUUUCAUGAUGACGUAGUCAGCAACCGGGAAGUGCAAACGGACGCCUUUCACCAGCGGGACUUGACUGAAAGUUGACUUCUAGAACGUUUCCUGAGUGUCGUUGAAGGUGCUCCCCACAAAACGAAGAAGCCGGACGCCGCAACACGUUGGAAUGUCUUAUUAACGCCAUGACAUGGUUGUGAGGUCACAUGCUCUUAUUGCUCACUGUCAGCACAAAUGUCAACAAACACGUCACCUAGCGUGGAAAACUGAAGAACCACAGUACUCUAUAUAUAAAAAUAAUUAUCAAAUAUACCAGAUUGUCCACAAACAAAGGUUACACAUCUUUGGUGACUAAACUCUACAAAGACUUCCUGUGGCACACAUGAACAUAGAACGUCAUAAACAUCUCCACAGGCCUUCUUGCUGAGACUUCUACCUAUCGUGUAAUGACACUUGUAUCUGUGGAAUAUUCAUUUGUUCGGGACUUUGUAAAAAAAAAAAAAAAAAACCCUACAAAUG